AUGGAAGGUGGUUCUAAUGGCACUUGUAGUAUGAUGGCUUUUGGAGAAAAUAGUAGUAAUGGAGGAGGACUAUGUCCCAUGAUGAUGGUGCCAGCUCUAAUGACUUCCCAUCACUCUCAUCACCAUCAUCAUCAACAUCACCAUCCUACUAAUCCUACUAAUGCAGACCCAAACACCACCACUCCGUUUCAGCUUCCCCAGCUACCUCCAUCCAACCACAACCGCAAUAGCAGCACCUCCUCUUUCAUUUUCAACGACCACCACCCCAACAAUAACAACAACAACAACCACCCUGCAGCAGCUGCCGCCUGUUAUUUCAUGGACAACAACAACAGCAACCAUGACGGCAGCAGCUCUUCCUCUUCUUCUGUCAAGGCCAAGAUCAUGGCUCACCCUCACUAUCACCGUCUCUUGGCCUCCUAUAUCAACUGUCAAAAGGUUGGGGCACCGCCUGAAGUGGUGGCAAGACUGGAAGAAGCGUGCUCGUCAGCAGCGUCAAUAGGUCAAAUGAUGAGUAGCAGCAGCGGAUCAGGGUGUCUCGGUGAAGAUCCAGCUCUGGAUCAGUUCAUGGAGGCCUACUGCGAGAUGCUCACCAAGUAUGAGCAAGAGCUUUCCAAACCCUUCAAGGAAGCCAUGAUCUUCCUGCAGAGGAUCGAGUCCCAAUUCAAAGCCCUCACUCUUUCUUCUUCUUCCGAUUCUGCAGUUUGUGGCGAUGGACUCGAUAGGAACGGAUCAUCUGAGGAAGAGGUUGAUGUUAAUAACAACUUCAUAGAUCCACAAGCAGAAGAUAGGGAGCUAAAAGGUCAGCUGUUGCGCAAGUACAGUGGAUAUCUGGGCAGUUUGAAGCAGGAGUUCAUGAAGAAGAGGAAGAAAGGGAAGCUGCCUAAAGAAGCCAGGCAACAGUUGCUGGAUUGGUGGAGCAGACACUACAAAUGGCCUUAUCCAUCGGAGUCGCAGAAGCUGGCUCUUGCAGAAUCGACAGGGCUGGACCAGAAGCAAAUAAACAACUGGUUUAUCAACCAAAGGAAGAGGCAUUGGAAGCCUUCAGAGGAUAUGCAGUUUGUGGUGAUGGAUGCUACACACCCUGGCCACUAUUACAUGGACACCGUCUUGGGCAACCCAUUUCCCAUGGAUAUUUCUCCCACAUUGCUCUGA